AUGUUGUGGACAGUCCAACUCAACUGGAAAGUCAAAUCCGCAGUUAUUGGAGUCUUGUCGUUGGGAAUCUUCGCCACCGUCGCCGCCGUCAUCAAGAUCUCUUUCCUGCCCAAUUACGGCAAACACGGCGACUUCCUCUUCGACAGUUCCGAUAUUACAAUCUGGUAA